AGCGGGCGCUGCGGUCAGCUGAGCGGCGCCCGGUGGGUCGCGAGGCCGCGCGUCACCGUCCGGCUGUCCGGUCGCCGCCCCCCCCCCCGGCCGGUCCCUGGUGGGCGUCGGCAUCCAGAGCUCUGGGACUGGGACAAGAUGCCAACGAAGCAGUGACCUGAGAGGAGCGGAUCCCGGCGACCGGACCUGUUACCAUGUCCCAUCAACCUCUGAGCUGCCUGACUGAGAAGGGGGACAGCCCCUGUGAGACCCCAGGAAAUGGACCCCCCAAUAUGGUUCACCCCAGCCUGGACACAUUCACUCCUGAGGAACUGUUGCAGCAAAUGAAGGAACUCCUGGUUGAGAACCACCAACUGAAAGAAGCCAUGAAGCUAAAUAAUCAGGCUAUGAAAGGGCGAUUUGAGGAGCUUUCGGCCUGGACAGAGAAGCAGAAGGAAGAACGCCAGUUGUUUGAGACCCAGAGCAAAGAAGCGAAGGAGCGCCUGAUGGCCUUGAGUCACGAAAAUGAGAAACUGAAGGAAGAGCUUGGGAAACUAAGAGAGAAAUCAGAAAAGCCAUUUGAAGGCUCCAUAAGUGACCCCAGGCUCCCCAGGGCAGACUUGGAGCAGGAAGUAGAACAGCUGAAGACCCAGGUGAUGCGCCUUCAGGCUGAAAAGGCAGACCUGCUGGGCAUCGUCUCCGAACUGCAGCUCAAGCUCAACUCCAGUGGUUCCUCAGAAGACUCCUUUGUUGAGAUCAGGAUGGCUGAAGGAGAAGCUGAGGGGGCAGUGAAGGAAAUGAAGAACAACAGUCUUAAACCUACAAGAACUGACGCCAUCAACAUGACCAAAUCUAUAGAAGAUGCCAGGACCUAUGUGGAGUUUGAGGAAUUAACUGUGAGCCAACUCCUGCUUUGCCUGAGGGAAGGAAACCAAAAGGUGGAGAGACUUGAAAUGGCACUCAGAGAAGCCAAAGAAAGAAUUUCAGAUUUUGAAAAGAAAGCAAAUGACCAUUCUGACAUUGAGACCCAGACAGAGGGGCGCAGAGAAGAGGAGAAUGAAGAGGACAAGGACCCAGAAAGUGUUGGAAGUGAAGUGGAAACGUUGAAUGUUCAAGUGACCUCUCUGUUUAAGGAGCUUCAAGAGGCACACACGAAACUGAGUGAGGCUGAGCUAAUGAAGAAGAGACUUCAGGAAAAGUGUCAGGCUCUGGAAAGGAAAAACUCUGCAACCCCAUCAGAGCUGAAUGAGAAGCAAGAGCUUGUUUACAGCAACAAGAAGUUAGAGCUGCAGGUGGAGAGCAUGCGCUCUGAAAUCAAGAUGGAGCAAGCCAAGACGGAGGAUGAAAAAUCCAGGUUAGCCACUCUGCAAUCAACACACAAUAAGCUUCUUCAAGAACAUAAUAAUGCACUGAAAACAAUUGAAGAACUAACCAAAAAACAGGCAGAAAAGGUGGACAAGACGCUGCUGCAAGAGCUCCAUGAAAAGCUGGAGCUGGCAGAGCAGGCCCUGGCAUCCAAGCAGCUUCAGAUGGACGAGAUGAAGCAGACCAUCGCUAAGCAGGAGGAGGACCUAGAGACCAUGGCUGUGCUCAGGGCUCAGAUGGAGGUGUACUGUUCCGAUUUUCAUGCUGAAAGAGCAGCAAGAGAGAAGAUUCAUGAAGAAAAGGAGCAGCUGGCCCUGCAGCUGGCAAUUUUGCUGAAAGAGAGCAAUGACUUUGAGGAUGGGGGCAGCAGGCAAUCCUUGAUGGAAAUGCAGAGCCGGCAUGGGGCAAGAACCAGUGACUCUGACCAGCAGGCUUAUCUGCUUCAAAGAGGAGCCGAGGACAUGAGUUGGGGACAGCAGCAGCCGCGGAGUAUUCCGAUUCACUCUUGCCCCAAGUGUGGGGAAGUUCUGCCGGACAUGGACACACUCCAGAUCCAUGUCAUGGACUGCAUCAUUUAAGUGUUGUUUCAGCUCCCCAAACUGUUGGUAAAUGCCAGAUUUCUCCUCCAAGACUGGUACUUCUGUCUCAUUUGUUGUCACACAGAUAUUUUUGCCACAUUAUCCUUAUUUCAGGAGAAAGAAAACGUACCCGCCCUAAGGAGACCAUCUCUGGACUGACACGAACUUACAAAGUAGAAUCUAGGUACCGCCCUUCCAAUAAGAGACCCAGUGACUUCCCUCCCGAGAGUCACUGAGAGCAGUCAGCCGGAAUGACGUAUGUUAAGAACCUUUACGAGACAGGAAAAUGACAUGGUCGGGAAAUGUGUCUGGAGCGCUUUUCUAGGCUGCUCUUCACCCUACAGACAUGUUGUUGUUUUAUGUGUAACUAUUCAGAAGCUUCCAUCUGGCUCUCUGCCUGAGCACUGUGAUCGUUCUGUUGCUAUCAGGCAGGUGAGCGCCGGGAAUGCGGCUCAGGGGUGGAGUGCUUUCUACAGCUGGUCACUGUGAGCACGCCUUCCGUCUUUUUUGUACUGGAGGUGCAUGGGCUAGUGUAGCACAGAGUUUAAUUUUAAAUAGAGCAGCUCUUUGCUUCCCACAUGAAGUAGAAGCUUACAGACAUCAGUUAUCACAAAAUAAGAUUUUGCUACAAGUCUGUCCCAUGGCUCAUAUAUGACCAGUAACAUUGUAGUGUGUAUAUGAAGGUUAUUAAUAUAACCUUAAUACUGAGAUGUUUUAUUCAUGAUAACAGGAGAAGAUCCUUUUCAGGGGCUCAUCACAUGUUCAAAUGAGAUUCCUGCUAAAAUGGUGAACAGAGUCAGGCAUAGUGGUGCAUAGCACACCUGCAAUUCUAGCACAUGGGAAACUGAGGCAGGAGAUCACCAGCUCAUGGCCAGCCAGGGCUAUAUAGAAUAAAUUGGGAUUCGCCUUAUUUUCUGUUAAAAAGGCUAGCAAGAACUAAACAGGUCACAAAAGUAAACAGUAUCAAGUCCUAAAACAUUUAAGAGAACAUGAGAAGGUCUGCUUUGUUUUUGCUUACCAUGAGAUCUCUAAAUACACACAGCUGUGUGUUUAAAUAGCGUCAAAACAGUCGCUUCAUCUCAAGGGAACAGCCCAUCCAAGUUGCAGUUAUCUCCAUGCCUGAACAGUUUCCCACACUGCAAGACAGUGGAACAUUGUACUGCUUCAGCAGUGGUUGGGUUUGAUUCUCCCACUUGCACCCCAGAGACAAGUUUGUUAAUGACAUUUCUAAAAUGACAGUGAAAUCUUUUCUUUUCUUAUAGUUUCUAGUACAAAUUUCUUUAUUAUUUUAUACUAGAUAAAGUAAAUUUCUAAGUAUCCCAGAUAGAGGAGGAAACUAAAUGGUUUCACAAUGAAGUUACUGGGAAAUUCCUUUCAUUUUGUUCAAGUAUAAUUAUCUGGUAAAUCCAAACUGUGAAGUGAGAACUCAGUGGUCUUGAUAAGGCCAUUUGUUUGAUCAUGAAGAGGAUUAGAGAUGAAGGCAAGUUCAAGUUAAGACAAUUGGAGAGAUGUCUGUAUACCAUCUUUGUAGCAGCAUUUUCUGCAGUAGCUAGGAUAUAAUGCACCUAGGUGUCCAUUCACCUAAAGAAAAUGCAAUACACAUAUAUAAUGAAGUAGUAUUCAGCCUUUAAGAAUAAGGAAAUCUUAUCACUUUAACAUAGAUAAACCUGGAGGACAUCAUGUCAAAUGAAAUAAGUCAGUCAUAAAUACCACAUGAUCUCACUUAUAUGUGGACUCUGAAAAAAUUGAACUCAUAGAUGUUGAGAGCUGAAUGGUGGUUAGCAGCACAUGAGGGGCGGUGUGAGAGGGUGAGAAGAUGGUGAUCAAAGGGUAUGAAGUCUCAGGAGAGAUAUGCUGUCGUGAUCUACUGUACAGAAUAGUGGCUGCAAUAAUUUGUAUAGUAAACAACUUGUAAAUGCUG